GCUGAAUACAGCAGAGUUGUAAUAAAAGUGGAUAAACGGGCUCACAUCUCUUUUAUGAUCCAUGUUUUUGCGAGUUAGCGAAACGGGUUGCAUGAUGGUUCACGCUCAGAAGAAAAGGGAAGCAGUUCACCGCAUGGACAAGGAGAGUGCGUCAUUGCUGCCCGGCGUGUGCGCGCUCCUAGCGGACUCCGCCAAGCCUCCGCCCGAUGACACCAGCCUGGAGAAACUUCUGGACCGGCUCACCGAACUCUCUGAGGCCGGGGUAUCGCUUCCGGAGAGUUGCCCGUGUCUGCUCGACUUCAUCUCCGCCACGGCCUCCGGGUCCACUUCCGAUCCCAGCAUCCUCUCCUUCGCCCUCAAACUCGGCGGCCUGUUGUCGGCGGACGAGGACGGCUACAGAGCCCUGCAGGCGCGCUCGGCUCUGGAGGCCAUGUUCAGCGUUGAGCGCUGGAAGGACUCCGGGCCGUGGGACGAUCCCUGCGUCCGAAUUGGCUGGGUCCACGGCUUGCGGCGAAUGCUGCUGCACCCGGAGGCGCUCGCUUUCUUCGUGCGUUCAGAUUUCAUCAAGCCACUCCUGCAGCUCCAAUCGGAUCCAAGCAUGUUUGUGGCUUCCGCCGCCAACCAGCUGCUUGCCCACAUCCUGCUCGCCGCUCAGCCCGAAGAAGACGAGCGUCCCGGCAGCGAGACCAGCGCAGAACACUUAGCUCUUGUCCAGCAAGCAUCAGACCACAUCAAGGAGUCGCUGGUACCGAAAGAAGGCGCGCCGCUAGCUGGUAGUCUGCAGGUCCUCAAGCUGCUGGCCCUGAUCCUGGACCGGGCCCGGCGUCCUCUACGGGAGCAGCUGCUGAAAGCGGCGGCUGCCUCCUUAGAGGAGCUGGCGGAUGCGGGAUGCAGUCAGCUCACAGCAGUUCUCAUGGAUGUCAUUAUGGCCGCAUACAGCAGCACCGACAGCGGCGACGACCUCACCGGUCGUCUCCUGUCGUCCAUGUUGAACGGCAGCAAAGCCGACGACCUCGUCCGCGCCGCCGCUGCGUUUCUCCGCCGAGGCGGCCUACGUGCAUCCCGCGAUGCCGUCCGCACAAGCCGGGCCGUGAGGAUCCUCCUGCUGCCACUGCGCUUUGUCACCGAGCACCCCUCGCUAGGAGCAGCGCCCGUAGCAGACGAGCAUCACGGGAUUAUGGCGGCGCAACUGGAGAGUAAAAGCUCGUUCAUCUCCACGGUCUGCGUCUGUCUGAGAAACGCACCCCAGGUGGCACUCAUGCCUUCUGACGUCCUUCCGUGUCCGCCGGCUGCGAUCGUGCUCUCAAUUGUUGCGUUGCUAAAAGUGUGCAAUGGCGGCACGACAUCCUCGUCCUCCUCGUCAUCCUUGCGCAACGGCUGCAGGACUGAGACCUUCCGCUGUAUCGUCAACAGUGGCAGAGUUCAGAAAUCCGCUUUGGAGGCUUUGGCUUCGCUCAGUGGCAGCCCAGGGGCUAACAGCACAAUGAACGAAGUCUCUGACAUCCUGGUACAAUAUAUGAGCAACCCCGAUUCAGACCCCACUGUACUGCAAAAAUCUUACAAGGCCUUCGUACAGUGGAUGAGCGUUUGCACAGAUCUCUCAGCGAUUCCACUGCAACUCAGAGAAGCGCUCCGAACUGUAGUGGAGAAGCGAGCGUGCGAUCCACGCUGGGAGGUGAGAGACUCCACCGUCGAGUUUUUGGGGCAGCUGCCCCGCGUCACCUCGCUGAAAUCGGCCGACGAGGCUUUGCUAAGCGAACGCCGUACCGCCCCGCUGCUCCGGGAGGCGCUGCGGGAUCCGGAGAGCUACGUGAGAGCCAGCGCCGUCUCGGCACUGGCGCGGGGUCUGGGGACAGAGUUGCCUCAGGAACAGGCUGACACCGUGAGCCGGCUGUUGGACAUCCUCCGUGAGGACACGGAGGGUUUCGCCAGGCGGGCCGUGGUCCGCUACUUCAUGGCCUGGUUUUCCUCUUGCCCCUUACCUCCUCCGCCGGCCCCCUCGCUUCUCACGGAGUCCGUCCGCACCGUCCUCUCGCGCGGCAGCCGCGAUCUGGACUGGGAGGUGAAGGUGAACACGUUGGAGCUGGCCGAGCUUCUGCUGGACGCCGCCUUCUCGGAUCACGGGAGGCGCAACGGCACCGGUCGCCACCCUUACGCAACACCGGACGCACAGGCCGCGGAGCCCGCUUUCGACUCGACGAUGAGUUCUCUACUGGAUCAAGGCGUGUUCGCCGCGUUGCUAAGCAGCUUGGCGGAUUGCGACCGACCCGUCGCGCUGAAGGCUUGUGAACUCCUCAUCGCAACCAGAGAUAGAAUCCACGUGGCGGGCGCCUCAACGAGCGGCGUCUCUUGCGAGCUGCCGCGACGGGGGUGGGGGAAGGAGAUCAGGAAGCUGCUGAAGAACGAAGCGGACGACGGCGAGCGCGUGGGCGUGCGCGAGGUCUUGGCGGCGCUGGGUUUAGAUGACCGCCGGGUUCUUCUGAGCCAGAGCAGCGACCACGUUCACAACUCCUUCCAGUCUCUGCUGCAGGACAUCCUGAGCGCAGGGGUCACCCUCGGGGGUCCCGACGAGGACGACGGGCAAGGAGUCGUAGUGGACUGUUACUGACUCACUACUUGCAAACAGUUUUUGGACUCCAGCUCACCUGGAUCGUAAUGAGGACAAGCGCUUGAGAAAUUGGACGGACGUUGUCAUUUUUCCUCAUUUAUAAGCUGUUUUUCAGAUAUUUUUUCAUGUCACGAUAAAUAUUAAACAAUCCUCUGAAAUAUUUUGGUACUGUUUAAUCUUCACAUUGUUUUCAUCCUUUGUGCCAUUAAAGAGCCAGCAGGUCGCAUUAUAAGCAA